AUGGCCAGCUUCAACUGGUUCACUCGUCACCACGCAGCUCCGAUAGACAGGAUACCGGUGGAACUCCUUGCGGAGAUUAUGAUAAUAGCUCUUCCUCACUUCAAUUUUGCCCGUCACAACUGGUAUUUCCAUGGCGAGAUCAAAUGGCGUGACACCUUGCGUCUCGCAGGGGUGUCCAGCCGGUGGAAACAGGUGGCAGAAAAUACGCCGUACCUCUGGAGUCGCUUCCGCUUGACGGGGAUCCGACCCGGGAAGUCGAAGGCUAAGGAACUCCUCAUGAAGACCUGGAUUUCUCGUGCUAGAGCGGUACCCCUCAGCUUAUCUGUCGACCUAUCAUGGGGCAGUACGAACAAACUGAACAUGAGAUGCCUCAAUUUUCUCAAAGACAAUCUGCACCGCUGCCAGCACCUCCAAGUCAAGGCCCCCGCACACGUGAUAUCCGCGCUGAUCCACGGGUCGUUUCCCCAGCUAGAGACCGUACGGCUCCUUCCUUGCGACAGGGGCUUCGAUCCGACGCUGAGGGACGUCUCGUUAUGUUCCACUGCUCCGCGUAUGCAACUAAUCCGUUUGGAAAGCAUCACCUCCGACUUCAAUGUGAAGUCGUUCAGCUGGUCGGGUAUCACGGAGCUCGUUCUCGACAUUGGCAGUGAGGCCUUUGUACCAUACAUGGCCAUGCUUGCGGAGUGCACCAACCUCCACGUCUUACGAGUUACCAUGGCUCAGCUUAUUGAGGAAGAUGUUCUGCCCUGGCUUCGUCGUGUCGACCGGCCACGGCCCCGCUACGAGAAGCUGCAUACCAUUGAAGUCGACGCGCCGGGAAGCUAUUGUGACUUCUCAUUCUUCGUUGCGUGGCUUUUUGCUCCCUCCUUGCGCCGAUUGAAGCUGUGUGGAUGUGUGAUGCUUUACCCUGAUCUGAUCAAGAUGAUUCCCCGGGAUGGAUGUAUGCUCGAGGAGCUUAUCGUGGAUCAAUAUGGCUCAGAGCCCUUCGAAAGCGAGGAAGAGCAUCUCCUCAGGUUUUUCGAAUCAUUACCGGACUUGCGGCGUCUCGAAAUAUGCGGAAUUACCGAUGCAUUUCGGGCAGAUAUCAUCAAACGCCUGACGUUCAAACCCGGAAGAAAUGACUGUCUUCUUAAAAAGCUAGAAUCGCUGAAGAUAUAUUGGCUAGGCGGGUAUGCCGGGUAUUGGGAUAUUCAAUUAAUGCUUGAAUCGAGAAUCAGGCUUGGCAAGGGGACCCAGGUGGCGCAGUUAGAGGACGCAGAGAUCACCAUGCGAUGCUAUACACAGAAGCACCACUGGAGGCUAGGAGACAAUGGGAAAAUCUGGCACGACGGAUAUUUCAUUCACGGCGGCGGCCAGUGGCUGUCCGGAUUCGUCGCCGAUCGACGCCCUGUGGACGAAGAUUGA